CAUCGUCACUGGGCGUCAGAUACGUUGGCAAUACCUAAAUUUAGAGUACAUUCACGUCAAAGUUUUUGCCAUUGCGUUGAGAGAAUAGCAUAAGAGCGAGAUAAAGAGACGAUUCAAUAGUUUUUGAUGAAUGGAAAUUCCUAGAACGGGCUCCAGCUGACACGAUUGUAACAACAAUCACCCGAAUACAAAAGAGAAAAUGAUAGUGCAAUGAUAACAAAGGAUUGUAAUACGUGUAGUGCAUGUGAAAGACGUAAAUCUUGAGCAAUUAUUGGGUAAAUGCAACCAAUGGGACAAGGUGGUCCCAGGACAUUGAGUCCAUCGAGUGUUGGUUCAAUCUCCCAGUCAAGUCUCGAUUGCCACAUCGUUGUCCCUACUCCCUGGGUGAAAAUUUCCAGUUGAAAUCCUCCUCUCACAGACUUAUAUUCCACACCCACAACCAAUUCCCCCAUCACCACCACGAGGUUAAAAAUGCUUUUGGGAUGAGAAGAUAAAUAAAUUGGCCUGUCCAGUCGUGUCCAGGUGGCCACUGCGAUAACAUCGAGCUAAAUCGGCAAAUUAACAAUAUCAUUCAACAAUACAGCAAUCUCUUCUCUGCUGAAUCAGUGUUAUUGUGAAAGUUAUUUGUUAAUCAUACUGGAGAAGGAAAUGGCGUAGGCGGAAGUGCGGAUAUACCCGCUGAGGAUUUACGUCACGAGUGACUGGAAUAGUCGCGAUUAAUUUAUCAAUUGUCAUGGUUUUUGAUUAUUACUAUUGACACGUGGGUCUCUGGACCUCGAGGAGAUAAAUCUGCUAAAAAAAUUUUUUGAAAAAUUCGCCGGAUACCGCCGAGGCCUCGUGCACGUUUCAAUUUAAUACUCAUUACGUGUAUGUAGACACUGGGGAGUAAUAUCGGAGUGGCAAUAGUUGUCGUUGGAACUCGAAACAUCGUUUCACUCCUGGGAAAAGCCAUUGAGUACCUGUAAACCAGUUACUCAUUUGUCCUCUCUCGUAAUUAUCUAUUCUGGACACGAAUCACGUCUCACGUCUCCUCGUUCCACUGCAAUAUCAGAAUGAGUAGAGAGUAGUCACGUAGUGAGACGUGUUGAUGAGUUGGAAAUUAUGGAGCCAGUCAUAUUUCACGGGAUGUAAACAACUGGAUGUUUACAGAGUACUGGUUAUCACCGCCUUUUUUUUUCCUCUUUAUUUUAUGAAUCAAGUGACUACCUUUGGUACUGCUAUUGUCCAGGUACUGGAUAAGGAUUGUCUGAUUGUGGAGUCUGAUUCACUCCGGCAGGUAUUACGUGGGUCGGGGAUUAUUCAGUCGGUUGGACUUGUUGGAUGUAUCAGACUUCUCAGUGACUGGGUAUUGUAGCUUUUCUCGUAGCAGUUGUAGAGGUUGAAAAAUGGAUGAUAACGAGAAAUUGCAAGCCGGAUCUGGCCGAUGCAUGCGCGUCGUUUCCCAGCCAACAACACCAACGUCACCCACUCUGAAUCUCAUGGAGCAGUUGCUCCUUGCGAAGAUGGAGAGACACAGUAUCGCUGAUAAUGAUCAGUCUGAUAUCGCUGGAUUGUCGAAAAAAAUAGGACUCCUCAGAACUGAGUCCAUGGACAGUCAGACAAGUGCAAGCACAUUCAGCUCAGCACAAUCUGGUGAUUCGGUCGGCAAUCGAUAUUGCAAGUGCGAUGAUUGUCUUCUCGGUAUCGUCGAUAAGCAUCGGCGCCUGGCGCCCCUCACUGGCCGCAAAAAGGCAGUUUAGGUUUAGGCCUUGAACGUGAGUUUAUCGAUGAAAUUAAGUCUUGAGGCUGAUUGCUCCCAUUGGUCAGAUAAUGCAGAACGUUUGAUUGACGUUGGAAAGUGAGAUAAAAAAUAGA